ACUACUGACUGUGACCAAUCUGAGUUUGCUAAGCAAAGGGGAAGGACCGAGUUUACGGCAGCGCGACUCAACGUCAGACAGAGGUGUUCUGAGAGCUAUAAAAUAACCAUAAUGAUUCUUCGACAGCUCGUAUCGCGGAGGCUAGCUGCUCCGUUGUGUGGAGGAGCGAGGGAGACGCAGAGAAGAGGCACGCUUGUGGAGAUGGCCCGGCCCAGUUCAGAUCUGGCGGAAUUUCGACAGGUCUUCUCCAAUGCCAAACACAUAGCAAUAAUCACUGGGGCUGGGGUGAGUGCAGAGAGUGGGGUCCCCACUUUCCGAGGACCCGGGGGCUACUGGAGGAAGUGGCAAGCCCAGGAUUUGGCCACUCCUGAAGCAUUUGCACGCAACCCGUCCCGCGUGUGGGAGUUUUACCACUACCGGCGGGAGGUGAUGCUCACCAAAAACCCAAACCCAGCGCACCUGGCCAUUGCCGAGUGUGAGGCUCGUCUUAGCAGGCAGGGCCGCUCAGUGGUGGUCAUCACACAGAACAUCGAUGAGCUACACCGUAGGGCUGGUUCCCAACAUGUGCUGGAGAUCCAUGGAAGUCUCUUCAAAACAAGGUGUAUGAAUUGUGGACAUGUGACUGCCAACUACAAAAGCCCAAUAUGUGCAGCCUUGGAAGGGAAAGGUGCCCCAGACCCAAACACAAAUGAUGCCAAUAUUCCCAUGGAGAAGCUCCCCAGGUGUGAGCAGGGCAUGUGCCAUGGACUACUUCGCCCCAACGUGGUCUGGUUUGGUGAGACCCUGGACUCCGAUAUCCUAACCCAGGUAGAAAAGGAACUGGAAAUCUGUGACCUUUGUUUAGUGGUUGGCACCUCCUCUGUUGUGUACCCUGCAGCCAUGUUCGCACCACAGGUAGCUGCCAGAGGGGUUCCUGUUGCUGAGUUCAACACGGAGACCACGCCUGCCACCAUGCGCUUCAUGUUCCACUUCCAAGGACCCUGUGGGACCACCCUGCCCCCUGCUCUGGAGCGUCAUGAAACAGAAGCUAUCUGAUACCCCAUCUCUCACCAUGGGAUCUGGGGUCUUGGAGGUCCUGAUACUCUGACACCGGCACCAGUUCUGUCACUCCCAAAAAGUAGUUCCAGUCACAUGUCAAACUCAUGACGCACUCUAUUAAAUCCCCCAAUUCACUGUUUUUUACAGAGGGAGUUUAGAUUGCUGUAUCAUACCUGUUUUUCAUUUCUCACUGUAGUGAGGGAGUGUGUGCGUGCCUUAUAUGUGUAUUGUUAGUGUUUUUCGGGUGCGGUAGAGGAUGCAGUUUCAAGAGUUUCAUUUUAAGCACUUCAUAACAAGUUAAGCAGUUAGGUUGGGUUAACUGGCUGUACUUACCAUUGGUGUGAUGUGUGCCUGUCGUAGAUGGACUUUAAUCUCAGAUCUCAUUGAAGAAUUAAUCCUCAGUCAUCUGGAGCACUAAGAACUCAAUUACAAUUUUUUUGUUAAAUUUACACUGUAUGGAUCCAUAGUGAAGUAUAAUUUUGAACUUGAAGUAUGGGGGAAAGUUAGCUUGCAUGUUUUACUUAACUCAUGGUAAAGCAUUUAAAUGUCUCCAGAUGUGGGCUUCAUGCAUCUUUGCUUAACAGAGAAUAAUGCUACGGAUGCUGGCAGACAAGGGAAAGUGAAGGCUGCUCUUCGCCUGAGGAACUGGGAGGCUGAGAUGACCUUGGGGUUUAGGGAACGGAAAUGGAGCAGCUGUACAGUGGAGUGAUGGCCCAUCCGAAAUGCAAAAACCCAGCCAGAAGCACUUCUGCUUUGAUUUGACUGGGUAGAUCAUGCCAGUGUGUGGUCACACAUCUCUGCCAUUUCACUGCUCCGUUAUACACUGCAACUCUUGUAGCACAACCUGGCUGAGCAUCAACUUGCUGACCUGUCUCUUUGUUUCAAGGUGUAUACUGCUGAAUGUUGUCUUUGGUAACAUUUCACACUUUACAUGUGUGGUGUCAUUUCUUUCUCAUUUAUCCUGAUGUAGAUUUUUUUAAGAGGAACAAAUGAACUGGGAAAAAAAUGGAAGUUUAACUAUGACUCCAUUUCACUGUGUUACAAUAAUGAGCUGUAAAAUCUGCCUAUAAAUAAUUCUGACAGCGUGCCUCUAUUUUCAACUGGUUCCCUACUGACUUCUACAGGGUUUAGGGGCUGACAUAACAAUUUUGACAAAAGGCCCCCGGCCGCAAUGCUGAUCAUUUGAGAGCUGUGACAUUUUCCGAUGCAGACUGUCUGACAUUGUGAUUGCUGUCUUCAAGUAAAGGAGAUACAAAUGCAGGGCAGUCAUGCAUCAAAAUGCAUGUAUUAUGCUCCCACCAGUCUGAUUUCAAGAUCAGCUAUUUUUGUUUACUCACAGCACUGAAAUCUGUAGUCAUGUGAAUGUGAAUACAACUGUCAGAUUGGUUCUUCUCCCCAUAAUUUUUUUUUUAGUCCUGGGGGAAACGGACGGAUCCAACACAAAUGGUACUUUUCCUCAUGUGUUGCACUGCUUUAGCACUAGAUUUUCACUGAGACCAGGAAGUGUCCUUGUUUUGAUGAACAAUAGCUUCAAAGAUAUAUGGCUAUAUAUAUUUUUUUGAUACCACACACUCAACAUUCAGACCCCUCCAUCAUCCACCAAGCUGACAAUACUUUUUUAAAAAAAAA